GUGAGGGAAGGUAAUGCGCGCGGAUCAAGGGGCAGACGCUUCGCUAAGUAUAAAUAGUGUGACUUCAAUAGUGAAUCGGCAGCAAGUCUGUAUACACUCUCCGCAACAAGAGGAAUUGUCAAAGAUCUCAUCAUCACACCAUCAUCUCGCAUUUAGGCCGAUAGAAAGAGAGAGAGAGAGCACUGUUCCCGUUCUUAUGGUAGACUGCUAAGGAUCUAAAGAGGAAGAUUGUGUGGGGCUUUUUUUUUUCUUCGUUCUUCUUGGGUGCAGUGAUGGAAGAACUUACAGCGUUUGUCUCUAAAUCUUUUGAUCAGAAAGUGAAGGAGAAGAAGGAAGUGAUCACGUACCGGGAGGUGUUGGAAACCGGUUCGGUGAGGAACCGGGAGAGUCUGUCGGCGGAUCCAAACCGCGAGGAAAUCAGCAGCAUCACGCGGAGCGGAGUGCGCUCAUCGCCGGUCAGAGAAGCGGACAUGCUCGCGUCGGAGAGAAGCAGAGACUCGAGCAGUCCGAAACUUACAGAAGGUAAUACAGAUAUGAAAGAACGCAAAGAGGAUUGUAAGCCGCUGGAAGAUGAGACACAGACUAAAAUCAAGCAGAGAAGGAGUCGGACUAACUUUACCCUUGAGCAGCUCAAUGAGCUGGAGAGACUGUUCGAUGAAACGCACUAUCCGGACGCCUUCAUGAGAGAGGAGCUGAGCCAGAGACUCGGGCUGUCGGAGGCCAGGGUGCAGGUCUGGUUUCAGAACCGAAGGGCUAAAUGCAGAAAGCAGGAAAAUCAAUUACAUAAAGGGGUUCUCAUCGGAGCGGCGAGCCAGUUUGAAGCAUGUCGCGUGGCUCCAUAUGUCAACGUGGGAGCUCUGCGCAUGCCCUUCCAGCAGGAUAGUCAUUGCAACGUGCCGCCCUUCUCCUUUCAGGUGCAGGCGCAGUUGCAGCUGGACAGCGCCGUGGCUCACGCGCAUCAUCACCUGCACUCGCACCUGGCUGCGCAUGCGCCGUACAUGAUGUUUCCCGCACCGCCGUUCGGCUUGCCCCUGGCGACGCUCGCGGCAGAAUCCGCGUCUGCGGCGUCGGUGGUGGCGGCAGCCGCGGCCGCGAAAACCACCAACAAAAACUCCAGCAUCGCGGAUCUGAGACUGAAGGCGAAAAAGCACGCCGCGGCUCUGGGACUGUGACGUCACAUUGCAUCGCACGGAAAGACGGCGUAUCGACGUUAACCACAGACAAAACAAACAAACAUUUAUGUUUUCGUAUGAAGGACACGCGAGAAAGAGGGAGAGGCUAUUUAUAAAAACAAACUGUGAAAUGGACAAACCUUUCGUGGAUCUUUACAAGGAUGGAAACAACUGCAAGAUGCUGAACUAUAUGGAAAUGAAAAAAGAUGAACUUUAAGCGAAAAUAACUUUUUUGCAGAAGGUUUGAAGCCGAAAAUAAUGAUAUAAAGCAGCUGGGACAGUUGUUUGACAACGCGAACAUUUCUGCUUUAAUACGUUAUUAGUAAUUAAUGAAAAUAAAGAGGCUGGCCUCGUUUAUUUGAAACAAAGUUUCUUUGUGGAUAUUUGUGAAAUAUUACAGAAAUCACUUUUGUUGCCAAAACAUGAAAACUCCAGUGUUAAAAAAAAAAAAUCCUCACGGAUGCCACACACUUUACGUUUAUGCUCUCUGGUUUAUGAAACUAAAUAAAUGAGCAUUAAAUGAAACGACGACCAUUUCCCUUGUUGUUAAUAAUCACUAAAUGUGUUGUGAAUAUAACCAAAUCCUAUCAGGUAAUUAUUCAGUGUUUAAUUUCAGCCCAAUUCUUAUUAUGAGCACACAUGGCUUUCAUUCUUGGUGUAUAAAUCAAUUUCAGGUAUUACUGGUGUAGUACUGGCACAUGUAAGAUACUCAUGUUUAUGCCAACAGGAAAAAAACAAUAUUUUUGGCGCUUUAAUGCUUCAUCAAGGCAUUGUGAGAGCAUCCUGGAUUUACUUUGCUUAGUGCUUCUUUCGGUUCUUGUUCAUCUCUUUCCCAGUUUGUACAACCCUGUGAAUCUCAAAAAAUGUAAUGUUCAUGUUUUAUAAGGGGGUUAUAAAAGGACAUCGACUGCGGGCACUCAUUUCAUGAUAUUUAUGAUUUUCCCAUGACUGUGAAACGUGAGCUGCAGCU